GCUCGCCCUUCUGCAAUUCCCGGCUCAAUUUUCUCCAGUAAAUUAGUACUCUUGCAACUUCGUCCAUGGCCUUCAUCGGAGAUUGUUCCUCUUCCUCCUCUUCCGUCACCCGUCAAUGGGCUCACGAUGUGUUCUUGAGCUUUAGAGGGAAAGAUACUCGAAACAAUUUUACUGCCCAUUUAUUUGCUGCUUUGGAUCAAAAGGGAAUCAACACCUACAUAGAUAAUGCCCUCGAAAGAGGAGAGAACAUUUCACCGGCACUUCUCAAAGCUAUUGAAGAGUCAAAAAUUUCAGUCAUUGUACUCUCUCAAAACUAUGCAUCUUCCUCAUGGUGCUUGGAUGAACUUGCAACGAUCCUUGAGUGUAAGGAAACAAAGGGACAAAUUGUUCUACCGGUGUUUUACAAGGUAGAUCCAUCAGAAGUGCGAUAUCAAAAAAAUAGUUUUGGAGAAGCAUUUGUCAAACAUGAAGAAAGAUUCAAAGAUGAUCAAAUGAAGGUGCAAAGGUGGAAGACAGCCCUAACACAAGUGGCCAAUUUGUGUGGGUGCGAUUUAGGGACAAGGAAUGAGCAUGACUUUAUUCAAGAAAUCAUUGAACAUGUGAAUUCAAUAUUAGUGAAAGAAACAUGCUUUCAAGUUUCCAAGUAUCCAGUUGGGAUAGAGUCUCGUGUACAAGAUGUGAUGUUGCUUUUAGAUCUAAAGAAGAAAGACAGUACAUGCAUGGUAGGAAUCAUCGGAAUUGGUGGAAUUGGUAAGACAACUCUAGCCAAAGCCAUCUACAACUCGAUUGCUUCUCAGUUUAAAGGUAGAUGUUUUCUUGAAAACGUUAGAGAAACUUCCAAGCAAAAGGGUUUGAACCAUGUACAAAAUGAACUUUUAUCAAAUAUCUUAGGAGGUUCAAGUCAAAUGGUUGGCAUUGUUGAUCAAGGAGUUACUUUGAUAGAGAAGAGGCUUCAACUAAAAAGGAUACUUUUAGUUCUUGAUGAUGUGGAUGAGUUAGUCCAACUAGAAAAGUUAGCUGGAAAGCCUGAUUGGUUUGGCUUAGGAAGUAGAAUCAUCGUAACAACAAGAAAUAAACAUUUACUUUGUGCAUAUGAUGGAGUUGUAUCAAUUUACCCUAUGAAAGGGUUGGGUCACUAUGAAGCUCUUCGGCUUUUUAGUUGGCAUGCCUUCAAAAGUGACAAACCUAAUGAUGGUUAUGUUAAUGUCACAAAAGAUGCAAUACGUUAUUGUGGAGGUUUGCCACUAGCUUUAACAGUGCUAGGCUCUGCUCUAAGAGGUAGAGACGACAUACUUCAUUGCAGAAAAAAUUGGACGAGUACAGAGGAAUUCCUAACCAUGAUAUCCAAAAAAUACUUAGAAUAA